AUGGUGGAAUAUGCUAACGAGCGAGGGUACGUUCUCCAUCCUGGGGAACUCUCGUGUGAAAUGUUUUCCCUCCAGAAGCCGUGGACCAAGAGCUUGCGGUGUGAGCGCGUUCAGGCGGGGCUGUGCCGCGGCGCCGUCCCGCAGCCCGGAGGCGCGGGGCGGGCUGCCCUGGCCCGGGAUCGCCGCCCCUUCUCGCUCCGCGGGGGCGCCCAGCGCCGCGGGGAGGAGCGGGCCCCGGGACCGUAUAAGGCCCGCCCGCCGUCCCGGCUGCGGCACUCGCGCGGCGGCUCCCGGCGCAGCCCGCUCCCGCCCCGGGACACGCGUGGGGACCUCGCGGCGGCUCCGCAGCGCGCCUGUCCCGGCGGCGGACACCGCACCUGUCCCACCCGUUCCUCGGGCAGAAUGGGGCGCUUCACCGUGUGGGACUAUGUGGUCUUUGCGGCUAUGCUGCUCAUCUCGGCCAUCAUUGGCAUCUACUACGCUUUCGUGGGAGGAGGGCAGAAGACAUCAAAGGACUUCCUCAUGGCAGGCCGCAGCAUGAGUGCCCUCCCGGUGGCACUGUCCCUCACCGCCAGCUUCAUGUCAGCCGUCACGGUGCUGGGCACCCCUGCUGAGAUCUAUCGCUAUGGUGCCAUCUUCUGUAUCUUUGCCAUCACCUACGGCCUGGUGGUGCUGUGCAGUGCUGAGAUCUUCCUGCCUGUCUUCUACAAGCUGGGUAUUACCAGCACCUAUGAGUAUUUAGAACUUCGGUUUAAUAAAUAUCUACGCCUCUGUGGAACGGUCCUUUUCAUAAUACAAACGACUUUAUACACUGGUAUUGUCAUUUAUGCUCCAGCUUUAGCACUAAAUCAAGUCACUGGCUUCGACUUGUGGGGCGCAGUGGUGGCGACUGGCGUGGUCUGCACAUUCUACUGCACACUGGGUGGUCUGAAGGCAGUGGUGUGGACAGAUGUUUUCCAGGUUGGAAUCAUGGUUGCUGGAUUUUCAUCUGUGAUUAUACGAGCUGUGGUGGUUCAGGAGGGAAUUGGACGCAUUGUAAAUGAUUCCUACCAUGGAGGAAGAUUAAACUUCUGGGACUUUGAUCCCAAUCCUUUGCAAAGGCACACCUUCUGGACGAUUGUUAUAGGGGGGACUUUCACGUGGACUGGUAUAUAUGGGGUUAACCAGUCUCAAGUCCAGAGAUACAUCGCAUGCAAAAACAGAUUCCACGCAAAAUUGUCCCUCUACAUCAAUUUGGUGGGACUCUGGGCAAUCCUGGUCUGUGCCACACUGUGUGGACUGGCCCUCUACUCCAUCUACAAAGACUGUGACCCAUGGUCCGCCAAACAGGUGUCGGCACUCGACCAGCUAAUGCCAUACCUAGUGCUGGAUAUCAUGCGUGAUUUCCCAGGAGUGCCGGGACUUUUUGUGGCUAGUGCCUACAGUGGGACAUUAAGUACAGUGUCCUCCAGCAUCAAUGCUCUGGCUGCUGUGACUGUUGAAGACCUCAUUAAGCCCUACUUCAAAUCUCUCUCUGAAAAGAAGCUGUCAUGGAUUUCCAUGGGGAUGAGCCUCUUUUAUGGUGGAGUCUGCAUUGCUAUGGCUGCGGUGGCAUCUCUUCUGGGAGCCUUGUUGCAGGCAGCGCUCAGCAUUUUUGGCAUGGUUGGUGGCCCCCUUUUAGGACUGUUUGCCUUGGGAAUCCUCUGCCCCUUUGCAAAUGGAAUCGGAGCAUUUGUAGGUCUUGUCAGUGGUUUCAUUAUUUCACUUUGGGUUGGAAUUGGAUCUCAGAUUUAUCCUCCACUUCCAGAGAGAACCAAGCCACUCGAUCUCUCAACUGUGGGAUGUAAUAUAUCCUUAGGAAAUUUAACAUCAACAGAAAUUCCAUUAACAACGGUUUUCAGUACACCAGGUGCAGAAAGGCCUGCCCUGGCAGACAACUGGUAUUCCUUGUCUUAUCUCUACUUCAGCACACUUGGGACACUCGUCACAGUACUUGUGGGAAUAAUUAUCAGCCUCCUAACAGGAGGACUAAAGCAGAACACAGAUCCUAAAUUCCUGCUGACCAAGGAAGAUUUCCUGUCCAACUUCUCACGGUCUGAAACUGAGCAACCAGAGAAAGUGGAAGUGUUGAACUGGAAACCAUUUACCAUGGCAAAUGAAGGAACUGACAACCCUGCCUUUAGCCACAUUGAAAUGGAUGUUGCAAGUGACAAGAAUAAAGUCAAUGGUCUUCACAUAUGACACCAGGCCGUGUCAGCCCAUGAGGACAGUUUUGUUCACAUCAAGCACUGUUGAUGUUCCUGUUCUGGAUCGGUUACCAGCUCUGCUGGGGUCAGGGGCAGGCAUCUGCUGAGCUUUGUGGCACUAUCGCCUUUGCAUGACCUUGACAUUAGUCAAGAAAGGAAUCAGGUUUUUCUUGCACUUCCUCACUCUUUCUGAUUCUUGGUGACAGAGCCUAAGGCAAUCUGUGAAAUAUUUGCCUGAUAUUUUGAGCUUCCUGGAAAAUAUCUGCUUUUAAUCUCAUUUCACUCUCAGAGUGAA